AUGUCAGAGAAAAAAAAAGAUUACAAUGUUAGUUCUUCUUUCAUUCUUUGUCGAUCCAUCCUUCUUCUUCUUCUUCUUCUUCUUCUUCUUCUUCUUCUUCUUCUUCUUCUUCUGCCGCCUUAUUUUGUAAAUAUUCUCCUUACAUUUUCUUUUCCUUCUUUCGUUUUUCAUUUCCUUUUCUUUUUUCAUUCUUUAUUUCUUCUUCUUCAAAAUAUUCCUUCCUUGCUUCCGAAUCUCUUUCGUUACUUUCGUUUUUUCAGGUUUCUUCUUCUUCUCUUUCUUCUUUAUAUACUCUUUACAUUUGCUUUUUCUUUUUCUUCGUUGAUUUUCCUUUUCAUUCCUUGUUCAUUGCCAUUCUUUAUCUUUUCUCCUCUUCCUCUUCUACCAUUUUUUCCUAUUCUUCUUCUUCUUUUCUUCUUCUUCUUCUUCUUCUUCUUCUUCUUCUUCCCAAAUUUCCGUUUUCUUUUCUCCUUUUCUUUUUUGGUGUUUCAUCCUUUUUACAUUAUUCCUCUUUUUGUUUCGUGUUUACCUUCUUUUUUUUCCUUUUCUUUACUGUUCCGCUUUCGUCGUUUUCUUUCCUUCUUUCUUUUUCCUUUCCUAAUUUUCUUCGUCUUUGUCAUACUAUCCUUAGCCUUUUUAUACUUCUUAAAUUUUCAUGUCCUCACCUUCUUCUUCUUCUUCCUCUUAUUAUUAUUUUUUUUUCCUCCUCUUCCUCUUCUUCGCUUUUCCCAUCUUCCAUUCUUUCCUUUUCUCUUCCUUUUCUUUUUUCUUUUUGCAUUAUUUUUCUUUUAA